GAGUCUCGUAGUUACUUUACUUACAUGAGCAUCAACUUCACUUAGCUGAGUAGUUACAUAACUUUUUUCUUUCUCUCUGGUUUGUCAGUUUUAGAAAACGUUAACUUAAAAUGGCUAAGAAGAACGGAACGUCAUGGUUCACGGCCGUGAAAAAGAUUCUCUGGUCACCAUCAAAAGACUCAGAUCACAAGAAGACUCACAAGAAAGAAACUGAUUACAAGAAAAAUGAAAAGAAAGGAUGGAUAUUUAGAAAGACCAAACUCGAAACUACAAAUUCUGUAGUAGAAGACACUGUCCGUAAGGUUCUUACGGUGGAGACAGUGGAGGAAGAGAAACCUGCGGUUAAUGUCUCCGCCGUGGAUGAAGCUGUCGCCGAGAUCGUUAAACUAAAGGCACCUCCGGGUUUUAUUAGACGUCAUUGUGCUGCCAUUGUUAUUCAGACAGCUUUCCGAGGCUACCUCUCGAGGAGAGCAUUACGGGCAUUGAGAGGGAUAGUGAAGCUACAAGCAUUAGUGAGAGGUAACAAUGUAAGAAACCAAGCCAAACUUACUCUAAGAUGCAUCAAAGCUUUGGUUCGAGUUCAAGAUCAAGUACUUAAUCAUCAUCAACAACGGUCAAGAGUCUUAUCAUCAUCACCAUCCCGUAACUAUAACAUUGAAGCAAGACGUAACUCGAUGUUCGCUGAAUCUAACGGUUUUUGGGACACCAAAACAUAUCUUCAAGACAUCCGUAGCCGUAGAUCUCUGUCGAGGGAUAUGAGUAGAUGCACCAACAAUGAAUUUGACUCUGAAGAAACAGAAUCUAUUUUGCAGAAGAAGUUAGAAAUUGCUAUUAAACGUGAGAAAGCACAAGCACUUGCUCUCUCUAAUCAGAUUCGGAGUCGGUCGUACCAGAAUCAAUCAGCCGGUGACGAUAGAGAGCUUCUAGAGAGAACACAAUGGCUUGAUCGUUGGAUGGCUACAAAGCAAUGGGACGACACAAUCACCAACUCUACAAACGUUAGAGAUCAAAUCAAGACUCUUGAAUUAAACAUUCAUCAUCAUCAAAGAUCGUAUCCAGCGACUCCACCGUCGUGCAGAGCUUCAAGAUCCGUCAUGGUGAGAUCAGCUAGUCCUAGGAUACCGUGUUCACCUUCCUCGGUGCAGCCAAACUACAUGUCGGCUACCGAGUCGGCAAAGGCGAAGGCAAGGACUCAGAGCACGCCACGGCGGAGACCGAUUACUGCUAAGAAGCGGCUCUGUUAUGCGGAGGAAGAGAGUUUGAGGAGUCCGAGCUUUAAGAGUGCUUAUAACGGUUGUCUUUGGGGAGAUCAUGAAUCUGACUAUUCUUGUUGUUACGGUGAUGGGUACGCCGGAAAACUCUCGCCUUGUUCGACAACUGAUCUCCGGUGGUUAAAGUGAGAGACUUCUAUUGUUUUUGUAAUCUUAACGAUCAUGCGACUUGUUUAGGGUUUUAUUGUUUCCUUGUGCCAAAAGCUUUAGUUAGAGAACAAAGUUACAAU